UAACUUUUUGUCCAUUUAUUCAGGCGUCACAUGUCAUCUACGUAAUAAAUGACAACAAACAGCAAUUUAAAUUUCUAGGCGUUUGACGCUAACACUCAAUUAUUAAUGUUGACACAAAAGCUAACAGGCACCCGAAAUGUUACCUUUACUUUGCUAGUCAAUUGUUGAGCUACUGACAAUUAGCCGAAAGAAUCACUUAGGUAUGGCGCAGUUAUUCAGUGCUAUUCGGUGGCAGCUUCUAGUUCGUAUAAUGACUUCCUAUCAAUACAGGUAACCAACCGCACCAUGUCGAGCAAAGAAGUGAAAGCCGCCCUGAAGAGCGCCAAAGAGGCUAUAAAAAGCAAGGAGUUCAAAGAGGCGUUGAAACAUUGCAAGACUGUUUUGAAGCUUGAAAAAAACAAUUACAAUGCCUGGGUGUUCAUUGGCCUGGCUGCCAGCGAGCUGGAGCAACCAGAUCAGGCACAGACGGCCUACAGGAAGGCUGUGGAGCUGGAGCCAGAGCAGCUACUGGCAUGGCAGGGCCUGAGCAAUUUAUACGAGAAGACGGAUCAGUGGGAUUUCAAAAUUGAGCUCCCCAAUGUCUACCAGAAGCUUGUUGAGCUGUAUGCAAGCUCGGACAAAAACAAGUGCUAUGAAGUGAUUGGAAAGCUGCAAGAAAUACAUCAGUCUGACAAAGAAUAUUCCAAGUUGGCAAAGGUGUGGCUGCAGUUGAUUCAACUCAGACAGGACGAUGGUGCAGACAAAAAAGCCUUACUGCAGCUAUGGCGACAGAUGGCCCAGCUCCUGUCCAACUGCCUCACUGACAAUGAGCAGGACACCGAAACUCAAAAGCACUUAAGCACAGCUUUUGAGAAGGCCAUGGCUCUCGUUGAGCCGACGCCUGGAGAAGAACACCGAAAGCUCUCUGUUGACUACAUCAAAUGUCUCUCCAAGCUGCCUGAAGAGGAGGACAAAAUGAAACAAGCGUGCGAGUCAAUGCUGUCUCUCUACCCAGCCCAAAGUUAUCCUCUUGAAGUCCUUUGUUCCCACUACCUCCAAAAAGGUGUCCAGAGUGAGGAGGCUGUCAAUUGCCUUUCACGGCUUCGUAAUUUGGUGCCGGAUAACGCUUGGUGUAAUUUGGGAUUUGGCACGAAAGCACUGCAAGAGGGCAGGUAUAACGAUGCCAUUCAGGACCUUGCGCAAGGAUUGAAGAAAAUGAACUUUCACCCAGCGUGGCACAGUCUGGCCGAGGCUCAGCUUAAAGUGCACAAAUAUUCAGACUGCUCUAAAUCGUGUGCCCAAGGUUUAAAAGUGUGCGUGCCUGGAGACAAGGAACUGAGGAUCCGACUGCUAAAGCUUAGGCUUGAAGCUUUGGUCAGGAGUGCAGAGGAGAAGGAUGCAGAGCAGGCUCUGGAGACAUUUUCCUGGAUCCCUGAUGCUGACAAAGACCCAUUACUAGUCGCCCUUAAAGGUCGCGCAUACCUCAACAAAGGAAAAGUAUUUGAGGCGUUAAAGGUGUCAUCACAGCUGGCGGCCUCGAACCCUCACCUGGCCCAGGCGUCAGCGCUCGAGGGACUGGCCCACGUAGCCGAGGACAAGAAGCAGCUUGCAGAGCAGAGUUUCCUCAAGGCAUCCGCGCAAAGCCCCGACUGCGCCGAGUAUUUUUUCUUGCUUGGCCAACUCUAUUGGACCAUGGGAGAAGAGACCCGUAAGGACAGAAGCAAGGCCCAUUCACAUUUUCUCAAGGCUGCAAAGUUAGACCCUUACUUCGGUUGCGUGUUCCGCUACCUUGGACAUUAUUAUCGGGAAGUGGCCAACGACUCCGGACGGGCACGCGGCUGCUAUCGGAAGGCCUUUGACUUGGACAAUAACGACGCUGAGUCUGGCGCGGCUGCAGUCGAUCUCAGCAUGGCUAAUGAAGAUAUGGACACCGCAUUGGCAAUCCUCCAGUCAGUGAUCGAGAAGGCCACUCCAGGCUCUGCCAAAUGGGCCUGGAUGAGACGCGGCCUUUACUACUUAAAGAUUGGACAGCAUCAUUUGGCUAUUGCCGAUCUCCAGGCAGCUCUGAGAGCAGACCCGGACGAUUGGGUGUGCUGGGAGUGUUUAGGUGAAGCAUACUUAAACCGCCAGAGUUUUACAGCAGCUCUGAAGGCCUUCGGAAAGGCGCACAUCCUUCAGCCCACCUCCAUCUACAGCGUCUACCAGGCCGCUGCCAUCAAACAGACCCUAGGCAAGUUCAAAGAGGCCGUCGCGGAGUAUUUGCAGAUCACAGCGAAGCACGACUACGUCCCUGCCCUUAAAGGUCUUGGUGAGUGUCAGCUCUCGCUGGCAAAAAGUUUAAUGGAGGACUGCAGAGACGGUGGAGCCAUUGACUUGAUUGAGCAAGCUCUCCUGAACCUCUUCAAAGCGGUGAAGCUGCGAUCUGACUUGUCCUGCUUGUGGAAGCUGCUGGGAGAUGCCUGCUCCGCUGUCAGCACAGUGUCUCCAAAGAGGGCUCAGGUUCGGAUGCCGGCAGCGCUGGCUGGUCUGGAUCCACAAGUUCAGGUCCACGUGCUGAACCAGGCUGAGACGCUCAGAGUUGGCGAACGGUGUUACACUCGUGCAUUGAAGCUCAUGCCAGAGGUUGCCAGUCUGUGGCAUGAUCUGGGACUCAAUUUUUAUCAUCAGGCUCGCCUAACCUGUGAUGCAGAGGAGGCGCAAUCGUUACUACUAGAGAAAGCACAACAAUGUUUACGAAAGGCAGUUAUGAUGGACGGCGGCAACCAUAACUAUUGGAACGCUUUGGGAGUGAUCAACACAAGCAAAGGACUGGAGAAUUUGGCCCUGGCUCAGCAUUGCUUCAUCAAGUCUAUUCAAGUUGAACCAAAUAAUGUUGUUGCAUGGACCAACCUCGGCACCUUGUAUCUGAAAAAGGACAAUAUAGAGCUUGCACAUGAGUCCUUCAAGAUCGCACAGUCAUUGGAGCCGCUGUAUGUCAACUGCUGGAUUGGACAGGCCCUGAUAGCAGAGACAGUGGGAAGCUAUGACACCAUGGAUCUUUUCAGACACACCACUGAGCUUAGCACACAUACGGAGGGAGUGAAAGGCUACGCCCACUGGGUAUGUUCUACCUUGUUGGAUAAGAGCAAGAGAGACUCCGAACUGUAUCGCUACAACAUAAUCCAGAUGAAUGCCAUCUCUGCAGCCCAGGUGGCACUCAGCAAGUACACCGAAAGGAUCCAGUCUGACGCCGUUGCCUUCAUCAUGCUGGGCUUUCUGGCUGAACAUCUGCAGCUGAAGAGACAGGCUGUACAGGCUUAUCACAGAGCCGUUGAGUUACUUGAGUCCACGUCCUUCGGAGAACAACUAUCGUUUGCUCGGAGCAACUAUGCUCGAGCUUUGUGUGCUUGUGGCCGGUGGCGCGAGGCAGUUGAUGUUUUUAACUCCACUCCGCUAGAGGAGCUCAGUGAUCUGUCAGGGCUGGCUCUGGCCUACUGCAAGGCCGGACUCAUACCCGAGAGCAUCGGCGCAUAUGAGCGUGCCCUGGCUGCGGCCUCCAGUGAGAAGCAGACGGCGUACGUGUUGACAGCUCUUGCCCUGCUGCAGCACCAGCAGGGGAAUGUCGACUCUGCCAAGACCCUGCUGUUCAAAUGCUCCAUGUUGAAGGAACCGGCACCAGAGUCUCUUCUGUGUUUAUGUGCCCUUGGAUUGGUCCACAAUGACACAACGUUAGCCGCUGCUGCCCGUACCGAGCUGCUAAAACAAGGCUCGUCCUGUGCAACUGUUAUCGAACAGCGGUGUCUUCUCACCUGCACCUUACUGGCGUUGCAGGGCAACUACAGUGCUGUGCAAAGAGAGGCCUCCAGGGCCGUACACAGCUAUCCGGGGAAUUCAUCUUUGUGGUCGCUAUUGUCCAAACUGGUACCCAAGUACUACCCCAGGAAGGCAAAUGGCGGCGCAAUGGCCGGACACGUUGCCUGUCUUUCCAGUAUGACCCAGGGAAAGAGAGCGCUGCUGUACAGUGGAGUGAAUCAGUUGGCUUGUGGAAGACACUCUGGAGAGGAUGCUCACAGGAAUGCUCUGAAGACCAUGCAGAGAGCUGUGCUGCUCUGUCCUGAUGAUCCAGCAGCAUGGGCAGGAUUAAUGGCUGCCUGUCACACAGAAAACACUUCCUGUUAUCUUUCGGGCUCAGCUGCACGUAGGCAAGGACUAGAGCAAACGCUCAUGUCAGUGGUUUCUGAAAAAGUGCAUAGCUUGGAAGAGAUAGAGCGCUCCCUAGCACAAUCUCUGCAAGGAUGGGUACUACAACAGGCAGUGAGUGGUCUCAUGCUGAGCGGACAUCUUGAGCAAGCAGAAGCAGUCUGCUCACAGGUGCUAAAUGUGUCCCCAGAGCAUCCCGCAGCGACGUUGUCGCUCAGACAAGUACAGUGUCUGCGCCUCCUUGAGUCCGGCGAUGGUACUCUCCUAUCGGAGUCUGCCUUGGAGCAGCUCAACAGUGCUGUGAUGUUGAACCCCAACAAUAUUGCGGCGUGGCAUUGGUUAGCCGCGGUGUACAUCAGCCAGGGUCUGCUCGUGCAGGCAGUCAUGGUUCUCAGACAGAGUUUGCAGCUCGCCUCCCAGCUCGGCCAGCACAGCAGUCAAGUCGGCAGCCUGCUGCGUCUCAGCCUUCUUGCCCUGAGGCCCAGUAUGGCAGGUGUCCCUGGAAAUGACUGGAAGGAUCUGGUUCGACAAGCUACCACUGAAGCCUUGAAGCUGGGCUCUUCACCUGUGGCUCUCCUCUUCCAGGCCUUGCUCCAAUUUGUUACCAAGAUGGCUGCCAGGGAAACCAGGCGACUGUUGGAAAAGCUGGUCUACAGCCCCUCUCAAGAAUUCUCUGCAACUGUGCCGCAAGUGGCCAGCUGGUACCUGCUGAGGCACCUGCAUUUCAAAAACGACGACGAACUAAUUCAUGUACUUUUGGAGCACGCUAAACUGAACGGGGAUCAACGAUUGCUGGACUUUCAUUCACAGCUUGUUUCUUUGUCUUGAAAGUUGCUCCAGUGCACAGUAAAAAACCAAAAAACAAAACUAUGUAUCAUGAUCGAAGGUCCCAUUGAGCAUCGUAGGAUUUCAGAGUGAAAGCAACUCAGUGUCAUAAUCAAUAUUGUAGUUUACUGGUGUCCACAUCCAUGCCAAAUAAAGAUGGUCAACAUUU